AAGACCGCGAAACGCAAACAUCCCCACAGUCCUCGCGAAUCGCCCUCUAAGAUACACUGUUCUCUGAGUACUCCUCCGGCAAAACGGAAAAAACCACACCACCGCAGUAGGACCGUUCCCAACGACUAUGGCCAAUUGUUCACCCCGGACGUCAUCCUCAAACCCGCGCUCAAGACCGCCAAGAACAAAACGGACAAGGAGACGGAGAAAAGACAGCCCCGAUGCAAUCCUGCCGCCCAGAGUUCUGAGAACUCUUGUAGGAAAGGUGAAGACGCUGGAGGCACUUGUCCUGCCAAAGUUCCCAUCUCAUCGAAACACCUUCACAUUUCCCUGCCAGAUUGCUAUGUGUCGUUAGUAAGGCUCAAUAACAAGUCCAUAGGUGCUCAGUCCAAAGACCGGGAUGUCCCUCGGUCAUGCGGGCACUCGACACACGGGAGCCUUAAGCAUAACGACACAAACAAAGCCAAGCGACCUUCCGCAUCGACUAACAGAAGCCACGAACGCGAACCACCCAAGGAUAAAGAGGAUUCGUUGGACGAGGACCUGGACCUGAGUCUUGGGAUUGCUUUCGAUUUGGAAUCAAGCCACACGUCCAGUAGCAGCGAUGAGGAGGAGGACUUUCCGUCGUUGCAGGAGAUCAUGAAUCGCGUUAGCAAGGACCCAACAACACCGGACAAGGGCGACGUCUUCUCGGAGCCGAGCACACCUGCCGUUUCCGACGACACCUCUAAAGCUCCAAAUGUCAGAAGAAGCUCGUACAGGAACAGCCUGGACCAGAUUCUGAAAGAGGUGGACACCCAAAAGAAGUCAAAAGAGAACGAGGCGCAGCUCCGCACCUCUUGCGACGAGGAACUGUUGAGCGUGGCGGAAUAUCACGAGCAGGCGGAGAACCGCAACGACUGCUCCAGCGAACAACAGGAAUUCCUGCAACGCUACUCGCUGAACUCCAGCUCUGCUAUCCGAGAGACUCCUCCCGGAGAAGUGGCGUUCCACCUUGACAAAUUUGGUCAGUUCUUCAAUAAGGAUUCUCUGCAGCUCAGACAAUGCACGGCCAAGCCGCAGAACACGGCGGAGAAAACGCUGCUUUGGUCCAGCCCAACUCAGCUCAAACUGCACGUGACUAUCGGCUUGUUCCAGCAAGCUUACUGUUCUCACUCGCCGUGCCCGACUCAAAUCACCAAUUUUCUAUUCAAGAUGAUGUCGGUGCAUCCUGAGAGGUUGUUGUCUAAAGAGAUGCUGAAGGCUCUCCGUGACAUCGCCGAAUCGGCUGCCUGUAAUAUCUUGAGAAACCAAAGCCACGUGUUUACCGUGUGGGUGCCCGCAUUGGCUGAUGUGACCUUGGCGCUGAUGAACAUGGGCGUCGCAUUCGUGACGCUCUUCCCGUUUGAAAACUUGCAGCCCGCGUUCACCGAGGGCGAUUUGCUGAAGAACGUCAGCAUUCAAGGUGAACGUCCCCCUCACGACAAAGAAUGGAACACGUUCCCGGAACACAACUGUAACAACAUCUCGAAGUACCUUUCAUUCUGCUUGAGCUUGUGCCCAAAAGCGUACAGCGACUACGAGCUGCUCCUGCUGCUGACGCUGAUGGCUCGAGUGGCUCUGGACCCAAACUUCAUCCCCAUGGCUGGCGUGGAGAUUAACGAGCUACUCUAUAAGAUUGUGGACAACAUCAGGGACUGGGACACCAUGAUCCCCAGAAUGUGCCAGGCCCUCACCGAGCUGACCGACGACCACCACAACAUGUGUCUUCUGGUUCAACUGCUGCCUGACAACAUUCGCGGAAAAUGCCUGCGACGGCAUCUUAGUCUCUCGAUGAUCUCGAAACUCUUAGACGGCACAAAUAGAUACCGACCAACCGGAAGGGAAUUCAAGCUCACCGCGCUCAAGCCGUACGUGGCUGCUAUGGCACCUUCCUCCCUCCGCCGUUUCUUUCGGAACACCUCUAGCGGGAGUUCCACGGAGGAGGACUUGAUGUUUCUGGAUCAGCAGUCCUACUACCUUUGCUACAGCCUCCUAACCUUGACCAACGAAGCUUCCAAGUUCCACUCCUUCCCCACACAUCAGAAGGUGCAUCUGCUUGCUCUCUCGUCGGAUCUGAGAGCGCACGUCAUGUGUCGCAUGAGAGAGAGCGAAACGUGUCUAUACAGGAGUAAGGUGAAGGAUCUGCUGGCCAGGAUUGAGACCAAGUGGCAGAUGAUCCUCCAUCGCAUGCAGCCUCUCAAUUCGAAGCUCCGCGACUACUGGAAGCCCUCGACCGUGAGAACCUCAACGUGCAAAAAGAAUCGAGAUAGUUCCAGUGGGCUCUGUACGGGGAGCGAGAAAUUAGUAGAAGAGAAAGCCGAAGAGGAGGCGAGCAACGACUUCACCUCCGCCGAGCAGGACGCGCCUCAGAGCCCUGAAACGGCAGCGACCAGUCAAGAGCUUGAAGCAAACCACACCUCAGACGCACAAGCAAACAGUUGCCGUCAGGAUAACACACACGAAGAGUUGUGAGGAAAAAAAAAACUUUUGUGGUCACGUUUGCAACAUUAAGUUAUAAGGCCUUAAUGUUACAACUCAACUUGCACUAUCAAGCCUGAAUCCAGACAUGAACAAUUCAUUCCGUGCCUUAACAGCCUCAAGUGUAAAUUUCAUAAUGUGUUGGACUUUUGUAUUGUUGUUUGCACAUAAAUGGGAGCCUUCAUUUGUCAAAAGUUUUGUUACUGAAAGGAAAAGAAUGUUUCCUGCAGAUUAAAGUAAUUUUAAUUUAAUGUCACCGUGAGACUAUGACUGGCUCUAAUAAUACAGUCAAGAAAUAUUCCCCAGAAUAGUAUUUAUUUGUUUCAGCUUUUCCUACUUUUGAAAUACAUAUAUGUGAUUAAUAAAUAAUAAUUUGUGCAA